CACGGAGAGGAGAUCGCACAGGCUUGCACGGUGGUACAUCUGCUCGCCCUGCGCUGGCUGCCGCCCGAGCGACUUUAGAUCUACGAGUUGCCGGGCUGACUGCGGAGCGCUGCUCGACCACGAUCAGUCGCUCUGCAGCACUGUUGCAAAGUGGGCUGCGAGUGUAGUACACCUGCGUACAAUCUCACCAAGUCCAGGAGCGCAGCCAUGGAGCGGUGGAAAGGCAGAGUGGCUCUGGUGACGGGCGCUUCGGUGGGAAUCGGGGCGGCUGUCGCUCGGGCUCUGGUCCAACAAGGCAUGAAGGUAGUCGGAUGCGCCAGGAACGUGGACAAAAUAGAGAAGCUUGCUGCAGAGUGCCAGAGUGCAGGCUACACUGGAACACUCAUCCCGUACAAAUGUGACCUGUGUAAUGAGGAGGAGAUCCUCUCCAUGUUCUCAGCUAUCAAAACGCUGCACCGGGGCGUGGAUGUGUGCAUCAACAACGCUGGCUUGGCCCGCCACGAGCCGCUGCUCACUGGACGCACAGACGGCUGGAGGAACAUGAUCGAUGUGAAUGUGCUGGCCCUGGCCAUCUGCACUCGCGAGGCCUACCAGUCCAUGAGGGAGAGGAACGUGGACGAUGGCCACAUCAUCAAUAUUAACAGUAUGGGGGGCCACAGAGUGGUGCCCAGUGCAGAUGAGCACUUCUAUUGUGCCACCAAACAUGCUGUGACGGCCCUCACCGAGGGACUCCGACAAGAACUGCGAGAGGCCAGGACACACAUCCGCGCCACGUGCAUAUCUCCUGGCACAGUGGAAACUGAGUUUGCCUUCAGGCUCCACAACAGCGACCCGGAGAAAGCUGCGGCCGUCUAUGAAAGCAUGAAGUGUUUGAAGGCAGAGGACAUAGCCAGCGCUGUGACUUACGUCCUCGGCGCCCCUCCGCAUGUCCAGAUUGGGGAUGUGCAGCUGCGACCAGUGGAACAGGUGUCAUAGCAACAGAAUACCGAUGCGUUGGUGGAGCAGACCAAGCCGGAGGCAACAAUGUCUCUCUGGCAGCCCCUGCUGGACAAAACAUGUAUAGCACCUAGUCUAAAAAAAUGGAAUUUAAAGGAUUCGGUUCAUUUGUCGACAAUAGUGAAGGGGAAAAGUAACAAAUAGGAAAAUUUGAGGAUAAACUGGUUCAGUCUCGCUCUCUGAGGAGAGAGAGAGAGAGAAAGAAAACUGGUAUUGUUCCAAGUUACAAAUACACUGCUGCCUCAGUAUGAACUCAGCGUGAGUGUAGGGGGUCGCUUUUUAUUGUGUAGGAAACUGGACAACAGUUGCCUCCGUGAAACCACUACUACACACCAGGAUACACAAGUUGCACAAGUUUGUUUGUUUGUUGGUUUGUCUUAUGCCAUUACUCUUAACACUUAUUGUCGCAAUAAUAAUGUAUUACUUAAUAUAUAUUAUGAAGACUUUAAAAAGAUGUGUAACACCUUGUGACUGUAAUGACCUGAAACCUUAAAAGUGAACCCAUUCUUAGCUAUUUAAAAGACUAAACAAUUGCAUUUUAAUAACUGGUGGUGUCAUUAACUCUAACUCUGUAUCAGAUUUGCCACCGGUUCCUAACAUUUUCUUCCUGUGUAACUAUGGUGUACACACCUCCAUGUCUCAAUUAAACUUCCCAAUUUGACUGGAGUGAACUAGUCAACACUAACAUGUUGCUAGAUUAGCCGUCAUACUGAGGAAGGAAUGUGUUGCUACUUCUACUUUACCACAAUCACAAAAGGUCAUGAGUUCGCCCUCUGUUUCUUCCAUUCAUUACAUUCUAUAAGCACAUAUGAGUGACUUACAGAUGUGGCAUAAGACUUGGUACAGUACGCUAUAAUGCAUUAUGAUUGCGCUUAGUGUUCCAAUGAUUGCUGUAUGACUUUUUUUUUUUUUUAUAAGUUCUAACUUUGGAUUGUACGUAGACGUGUUUCUCACAACGGCAUAAGAGUGAAUGGAUCUCUAGCUGGUGUAAUGUAACUAAAACCUUUGGUCAGUCGGGUUUUCUGCGUCUGCUCUGCACCUGGACUUUCACACUUCUCACUACUGCACACCAGUGAAUGCGAUCGUGUUUCUAAACCCAUAUCAGACGCACGCGUACACCACAGGCACUCUAAGUACCUUGAUAUCAUGAAAUCUGUAAAACUGGGUAUGUCCUUUGGCCUCUGACUAAAGGACAUUGUGGGACACCUUUUACCAGGGACAUGUGACUAACCUUGAAGUGCACACAUUUAAAGACCUGCCGACUAUUGCUCAAGCACGCACCUGAACAUUGUCAUGAAUUAAAAUGUCAAGAUUAUCAUC